GGACCAUUUACCGUGAAGAGGAAGGUUGGCGAACUGGCGGCCGAGCGAUCAAAUCCGCAAGGAUGCGGCGCACAUCAAAGACCUGACAGACGCAAUCAACAAACUGGGGAAGCUCCAGACUCGGAUCUGUCCGACCUUCCUGUUUCGCUGGAUGAUGGCUGGUUCGUCAGACGUAUUGAAGUACGUCAAAGCAUCUCCAGCCAUGCCUGGUACUUGUGCAGUCAGCCACAUGUGGUCAGCCUACCCCGCUGGCAGGAGUUGGGAGGGACCGAGCUACCCCAAGAAAAUUGCAACACCAGGGGAGAGGAAGUCCUGUUUUUGUCCACGGUUCCUGACCACAGCCCCUCCGCAUACAAACUUCGCAGAUUCACGCGCCACGAACAGCAUCAAAGAUAAGCCUAGGUACCUACCUAAACAAGCAUAUUCACUGAACCCAACCUUUAUUUUCAUCAGACCACGGCUCAUCAUCAGUUUUGUCCAGUCAUCCGACAUCCAUAAUGACCUCCCCAGCCCCUCGUCCUCAGGUUUCCAUUAUCUGGAGCGCCAUGAAGGCACUCAAAGGCACGUAUAGUGCACAUGUGACGGUGCCAGCGGCCGACUUGCGAGGUAAAUGGGUUUUGAUCACAGGCUCAAACAACGGCAUCGGACGGGAAGCCGCAAUUCAGCUCGCCAGAUCGGGGGCUAGCCUGGUUCUGGCGUGCCGGCAGCCGCCGCCAUACGAGACGCACCCGGAGGCUGUUGUCGAGGAGUGCCGGGCGGCCUCUGGAGAGCGUGGCGAGGAUCCAGUGGAGGUCGAGUGGUGGGAAUGCGACAUGGCCGACAUGACAUCCGUUGAGGCUCUGGCGGAGCGAUGGAUCAAGACCGGCAGGCCGCUGGAUAUACUGGUGAACAACGCGGGUAUGGCGCCAGGACUCGGUCAGGUUGUCUUGACGAAGGAUGGAUUCGAGAUGUGCCAUCAGGUCAACUUCCUAUCGCACACACUCUUGACAUUGAGUCUGCUACCCUCCAUCUCCAAGGCUUCCCGUCCACGCAUCCUAUUCACCACGUCUUGCACGCACUACCUGGGGAAAUACGACUUGUCGAAUGCCAACGCCGGUGGUACCGCAUACGCCAACAACAAGCUGUACCUUCAAAUUUGGCUCACCGAACUACAGCUCCGGCUGCUUCAGCACCCUGACUACAGUCAUAUCGUCGUGCACGGCCUCCAUCCAGGCUAUGUCAAAACCGGCAUUUGGAGGCCGCUCCAGGAAGCUAGCGGCGCAGCCAGGAGGGCCGAUCCGUUUACUUGGUUGUUGAUGUCCCUGCUUGACUGGUUUGGGAUCGAUUCACGGCAGGGCAGCUUGGCUAUUGUCAAUGCGGCCACCAGCUCCGAGCUCGGACUGAAGGCAGAUGGCACAGACGAGUUCAGGGGUGGUGCCAAAUACAUGAAUAGGAUCUGGGAGGACGAAGCGAGCCCGUACACUCGUGAUUCGUCUUCGCGGAAGGAAGUUUGGGACUUCAUUGUGGGUGAACUGGAUGUGGAGCAGAGAUCUGGCAUUUCUCAUGAGAUACGACAUGUAAUGUUGGCGUGAACGGGCAUACGCACCGACUGGAGUGUUAGGAGAAAGCAGGAAACCUACCGUAGUUGCGAGUGAACCUUAUUCACCCUCCCCACCUCGGACCUCUCGUGACCGCCGACUGGAGGUUGUUGGAACGCGUCAGCCUGAAGCUCAAUCUAUCACCUCCUCUGAUUGGACACCCCCAAUGGGCC